AUGGUCGCUGUUGAUAUCACAGUGGUUUCAUUGAUGUUCUGCGGCUCGGCCAAGUAUGCGCAAACGGGAAGCUAUUGCGAUCUAACGUCAUUUAGACUAGUCUCCAAAACUAUCUCAACCUUCAAAUCGACGUUUUUCAAAGGCAAAAACCGAGUUUCGUGUGGAUCUGCAUAUGUUCGACGAGUGUUGGCUGUGCGUUUGCACUCUGAACCGUUCGACAUUAAUCCUUUUGUAUAUGUAUAUCACCACGAUCCUUUGCAAUGUGAAUCUGAAAUGUUAUGUUUGGUGCCGUUAUCGCGAUGGAAAGAUGUGUUGCAGCGAUAUAACUAUAGGUAUCGCCCUGUCUCAAGUCAAGACACCAAGUUACAAACAAAUGACUGUUACAUCAUCUUCCGUCUCUGCUUCAAUUACGCGGGACUGCAGACUCAGAUACAACUCAUCCACUGUCCCUCGAAUAUCAGGUUGUCAACAAGGUCGAGCAAUGGAAGCUCACUGCCCUCAGCAACAUUCAAACAGGAGCUUGCGCGUAUCUCUCCGGAACUGGUUUUGUUUGGGAUUGGGCGCGCUUCUGGGACCUGGGGUUGGAGAUGGAUUCCCAGAUUUUUCUGUCGUCUUUUUUAUUUUUACAUCAAUCCUAUCAUCAGUGCAAUCACAGGCCCUGUCUAUUUGUUUUGCCUUCCAGCAGUUCAUCCAGACCCCAGGAAGUCUCUCAACGAUCGACUGGUUAACUUGAACUAUCUCGGAUUUAUCCUGAGUGCAAGAAUGCGGGACUUUCACUAUGGGAUUAUCUUCGCCGGCAACUUGUGGCAGUGGAGCGAUAGUUGUGCUAUUUUUGAUGGUAGUACUCUAUCUAUGGUGUCCUCCUUGCUCUUUAUGGACUGCAACAAGCCUAUUGCACCCUCACAUCUCCCGAGACCAGGUCGCUCCCCGCCAUCCACCCAGGUCCCAAACACAUAUCCUAUGUCGCACCAUCACCACCUGCACCAAUACAUAAACGGUAUAUCGCUCAUGGCCACGCUGCGACUACUUCUCUACCUCAUGUUCGCCAUCACUUUCAACCUCACCAGCGGUUGGGCCCUCUCCAUGAUCAAGUACCAAAUGCCAAUGUGUUUGGUGUGGGGCAUUGCUAUAACUUUUGCUGAUGCAUUGUUUGUGGCUUAUCCCUCACCGUCGACACCAACCGCACAUAUCUAUGGCUUCGGUAUUCUCAUGGGAAUCGGAGCUGGAAUUACCCUGUAG